AUGAACGCGCAGCUCCUCGAGAACACCGACACGCCCCGCAAGACAGGGUCUCAGCAUCCCUCCCAACGUGCCCAGCAGAACGCCAACGAGUCCGGCGUCAUGCAGCUGCGUGCCGCGCGCAACUACACUCGCGAAUGCCCCGUGGACGAGUUCUACAAGGCAUACGUCGAGACGAAAAAAUAUGCUCGCGUCGCCGGCAAGACCAUGGGGCGUAUCAUGAGCGUACUGCGUGAUCGUCGCGCCAUCGUCGGUGGGGAGUGGAUAGACCUGCACAGGGACGACAACGAUGACCGGGUGUCUGUCGGUGAGAACAAGCACUUCAAGAAUAUGGAGGUCGUCUUCGCGCAUGUACUGGCGGCUGCUGCCGAAGUAUGCCCUGCUCGUUACGCCACAUCCAAGAAGAUCACCGACUUUGCUUGUCGUCCCGAUUGCCAGACGGCGUCCGAAGUCCCGGGCGCCUCAUUCCGUGUUGACGCGUUGAAUUACCUUUGCGUGUCAUCGUAUCCGCGCAAUGCUACUGCAGGGACUGCACACAACUACACCGCUGCAGUUCCCGGACAACUCAGCUUCAUCUACACCGCGGACUCGGGCGCCACCUGGGAAUUCAAGAUGUGGGAAGAUGAGUCGAGCGUCUUACGAAACGAGCAGCAGACCUUGAACACGGCGCAGCACAUGCUCUACAACGAUAUCCGUCGGACGUGUCAUUUCUCUGUCACCAUUGAGAGAACCACCGCUAGGAUCUGGUACCAUACGCGGUCGCACACCAUCGUCACCAAAGGCUUUGAUAUCCACACCGCAUCGGAGCAGCUCGUCCAGUUCAUUCUCUUCUCGACAUUCGCCACCCCCUUCCAACUUGGCUUCGACCCGACCGUCCGUCGCGUGGUCGUGGACGACAUGCUCCACUAUGAGUUUGAGGUCAUCGAUCUCAAAUUUAAGCGCCGCAUAUAUCGCACCGUGAUGAUCGAGCACGAGAACCCCGCCGCCGAGUUGUACAGCCGUGCCAUGCGCGUCUUCAAGGUCGUGGAGUGCGGCGUCGAGCAUGACUAUGUCCUUCGCGACUACUGGCUCUUCGACGACGAUCUCACCAGCGAGGAGUGGAAGAUCCAACGCGAGAUCCUCAAGCAUCUGGCGGCCAAGCUACCGAAGGAGGAGUAUGAGAAAGUACAGCGGCACUUCAUGACUAUCAUCGCCGACGGCGUCGUCCAUCACAGGGGCGGUCGAGACGCGGUUCCGUCUCCCCCCGAAAGUGCCGAAGUCUACGAGUAUGCCAAUGAGCUCAACCCCAAGAGCACUGCCGCGAAGAAGCCCACCGUCUCGAUGGCUAAUCGAGGCGAGGGUGCCGCUUUCGCUGGCCCCGAGGAACCGACGGAAACGCCGCCUGCGAAACCGCUGAACCUUCAUGGUCGCAAGCACUGCCGUACUGUCUAUCUCGAACACUGCCAGGAUCUGUGGCAGGUGAAGGACCCGGCCAAGUUCUUCUUUGCGUUGUACCAGCUUAUGUACAUCCUGGACAUGCUUCGCCGGGCAGGCUACAUGCACCGUGAUGUGAGCUUGGGGAACGUCAUGCUCCAGUUGCUCUCCACCGCCUCCGAGGCCACCUGCUUGGCGGAGAAGUACAUCACCAAGAUCGCAGACCUUGAGUACGCCAGGGCUUAUUCCCGGACAAGCCAGCACGAUCCCAUAACGGGUACCAGCUUGUUUAUGUCUGUCGAGUUGCAGGCGCGCGCGCACCAAUUCCGCAACAAGAAGAUCAAGGGACUCCUGACCAGCGGCUACUUCGCGUACAGCUUCUUGCAUGACGUCGAGUCCGUGCUAUGGAUGGCCCUAUACUUUGCCUACCGGCGGUGCAGCCGUGCCAUCCUCGAGAGUACGCCGUGGGAGGAACUGGAACCCCGUCUGAAAGCCGCCAAGGUCUACGCGUCGCAGAUCUUCGUUGACAGCCUCUACGGCAGCCAGCAACGCGACAACGUGUUCACCGAACCGUAUAACGCUGAGAACAUCGUUCUUCCUCACCUUCGGGCCCUUUAUGGCGACAACUCCCCGAUGACCAAGCUUGCGGGCCUCAUUGACUCCCUUCGCGAGACUUACGAGGUUGUCGAGGAUGACACAACCGUUCGACUCCCCACCGGUGCCCAGGUUCGCAGUGGCGAUCCGGAGGCGCCUCGCUUGGCGGAGUCCGUCUACGAGAAGAACGCUCAGAUCUACGACACGAUGGCGAAGGUCUUCGACGAGAUCAGUCAGCACUUCUACUCUGCGGACAACGCGGACGCGCUCGUCCAGUUCUCGGACAUCGACUUCUCCACCGGCAAGGUCAUCGUGAAGCCAGCUGCCCCGAAGCCCGUGGCUGCACCUGUUGCAACCAUGGUCGACGGUGCAGCGGCCGAGGCUGUUGAUGGCCAGGCGACCGGUGCGCCGAAGAAGUUGACUGGCAAGCGCAAGAAGGAUGCUGAGGACGAGGCGAGGGACAAGAAGCGCGCCUCUGCUAAGCGGUCGGGCGCGGACGCCUCUGCCCCGAAAGCCGGCACUGCGGGUCCCAGUGGCAGCCAACCGGUGACUCGUGGGAAGACGCGCGCCAGGAGCAACACGAAGCCCGCUGCGGCGGGGAAGAGGAGUUCGGGCAGGAGUUCGGGGAGGCUGUCGAAGAGGAACUCGACGCAGGAUGCAUCUUGA